GCUCGAUGAUAGGAAUAUUUCACCACCUGAAGGAUUUCUUUUGAGAAAAGGGCCGGAUAAUAUGCAUUUAAUUUUUCGAUAAUGGGUACGAUGUUUUCUUUAUUAAAACGACAAGAGGAUAUGCAGUGCAUGGUACUUCGACCAAGGACGUGAACGCAGCUUCAAGACAGGAGACUUUUUGUCAGUAACAUUACGAUUUCCAAUAGUGUCUUGCUUUGCGCGGUUUUGUUUCAACCAGUUCGUUCAGUCGUAUUUCAGUUUCAACUGUUUUCCACUUGGGGUGAUCCUUACUACGUCGGUCUUAACGGCCUUGAGUUUUACGAUGAAAAUGGCUACAGACUACGCCUUACGGAAAACAACAUAACCGCACAUCCUCACAGUGUGAACGUUUUACCAGGAGUAGUAGAUGAUAUAAGAACUCCUGACAAGUUGAUAGACGGUGUGAAUGACACUUACGAUGGACGACACAUGUGGUUAGCUCCUAUCUUACCGGGAUUGAUCAAUUUGAUUUAUGUGGUGUUUGAUGUUUUGAGCCCGUGACAGUUUCCAUGGUAAAAGUUUGGAAUUACAGCAAAACGCCGAUCCGGGGAGUUCAGCAGUUUGGGCUGCUAGUGGAUGACCUGUUAGUGUAUCAUGGUAUCCUACCACAAGUCCCGGCUGUAACCAAAGGAAUUCUCCCCAACAUAGACAUGCCUACUCCACACCACACGAUAUUGUUCACUGAUCACGAACAGAUCGCUCUUGUGGAGCGCAAAAAUGUUCUCAGCAACAAAGGAGGUGAACAAGAUGUCCAGCUGACAAAUGAUAAAAGAAUUGUGUCUCACUAUAGUGAUCCAAAGUCAGCCGGCAAAGUCGCCGAUCCUGCUCUGCGACCUAUGACAAGUGUUCCAGCUCUAGAAAAGAAAAGAUAGACACAGCUACGUGUUUCCACUCAUAACAACAGUAGCUUGAAUUCGUGACAAAACUCCUGUUACACUUCCACCAGGCCAGAAAUACAC